AUGGAGGAAAGCGACUACGUUUCAGAGUCAACUCCGGCGGCGGCAUCCCGGCUAAAAUGGGACGUGUUUCUGAGCUUCCGAGGCGAAGACACCAGUAAUAACUUCACUGAUCUUCUCUACAACUCCCUCUUCUCCAAUGAGAUCCGAGUGUUUAGAGACAAUGAUGAAAUGAAUCGAGGCGAUGAGAUAGCUCCGAGUUCGCUCGAAGCGAUUAAGGACUCGGCGGCGGCUGUCGUUGUUAUAUCGCCGAAUUAUGCAUCCUCACGGUGUUGCCUGGAGGAGCUGGCCAUAAUUUGCGAGUUAAGGAAACUGGUGCUCCCCGUGUUCUUCCAAGUAGACCCGUCGGACGUGAGGAGGCAGAAAGGGCCAUUUAAGGAAGCUAUUGAGAGUUUCGAGGCAAAUUGUGGAGUGAAGAAAGUGAAGAGAUGGAGGAAUGCCAUGGAAAGAGUUGGAGGAAUUUCUGGUUGGGUUUACAACAGCAAGGAAGAGACACAUUUGAUCCAAUCUUUAGUUAAAAGGAUCUUAAAUGAAUUGAACAACUCCCCAGUUGCUGUGGCUCCAUAUACUGUGGGCCUUGAUUUUCUGGUAACGGAAGUGAUGAAAUUAUUGGAUGUUAGGAACAAUGCCCCUCAACUUCUGGGAUUCCUAGGUACAGGUGGAAUUGGGAAGACAACGCUUGCUAAAGCUGUUUACAAUAAACUUGCAAGGCAUUUUGAAAACCGCAGUUUCAUCUCAAAUGUUAGAGAAACUUUUGCCAAACCCGAUGGUUUAUUGUUGCUUCAAAACGAGCUCAUUAAAGAUCUUUAUAAGAGUUCAGAGAAUCACGUUGAUGGAAAUAAUGCUUUUAUGAUAGCCAUCAGACGAAUUUUUCAGGAAAAACAAGUUCUGCUUGUCUUAGACGAUGUUGAUGAUGCUAAUCAGCUUAAUGAACUAGCCAUUUGUAGAGAAUGGUUGCAUGAAGGGAGUCGGAUUAUCAUUACUACAAGAAAUAGAGAUGCUUUGCCAACUGAUCUUGUGAAGAUUUAUGAGAUGAGACAACUAUGCCCUUCUGAUUCAUUAAAACUUUUUAGUUACUAUGCAUUGAGAAGAGAGAAGCCUAAUGACACUUUCUUGAAACUGUCUGAACAAAUUGUUUCCAUUACUGGAGGAUUACCUUUGGCUCUACAAGUAUUUGGUUCGUUCCUUUUUGACAAGCGGAGAGUGCAGGAAUGGCAUGAUGAACUAGAAAAGCUGAAGAAGAUUCGCCCCAACCAUCUACAGGAUAUCUUGAGGAUAAGCUAUGACGCACUUGGUGAUGAAGAGAAGAGUGUAUUUCUCGACAUUGCAUGUUUGUUAUUGAAUUUAGAAAUGAAGAGAGAGGAUGUAAUUGAUGUCAUAAAGGGUUGUGGUUUCAAAGCGGAGAUUGGACUUACAGCCCUUAUUGAUAGAUCUCUCAUCAAGGUUGUUGGGGAAGAUAGGUUGUGGAUGCACGAUCAGAUUAGAGAUAUGGGAAGACAGAUCAUUAUAGAGGAAAGCUAUUCAGAUAUUGGAAAGCGCAGUAGAAUAUGGGAUCAUGGAGAUGUUCUUCAGGUCUUGCAGGGUGAGAAGGGGACACAAUGCAUCCAGGGGCUCAUUGUUGACAUGGAAGUGAUGAAUCGCAAAAGGAUGAGAAUUCCAAGUUCUAUAGCUCUAGACAAUCUUCGAAGAUCCCCCAAUGUAACUGCUGCAUUAACAUAUAUGAAGGAGAAAUACAAGGAAUAUUUUCAACGUGAUGCAGAUGAAGGUGAAAAAAUAGUUGAUACCAGAUGGUUUAAAUCAAUGGUUAAUCUCAGGUUGCUUCGAUUUAGUAAUGUCCGACUGAAGGGAGGUUUUGAAAAUAUCCCUACAGCAGUGAAAUGGCUACAAUGGAGGAAAUGUUCGCACAAAACUCUUCCUUCUAUACUUUUGGCCGGGGAAUUGAGUGUUCUUGAUCUCUCAGAGAGCAAAGUAGAAAGUUUGUCUGGAAGGAAAGGGUUCUGGGAUGGAAGAAAGGUGAAAAAUAAACUUACGGUGUUAAAUCUCUAUAAUUGCUGUAACCUGACUGCUAUUCCUGAUUUGUCUGUGCACGAAUCCCUGGAAAAGCUGAUACUCGAGCUUUGCGUUAACCUGAAAACAAUUCACAAAUCAUUAGGCAGCUUGGACACUUUACGGCAUCUCAACUUGAGGGCAUGUUCAAGCCUCGUUGAAUUUCCAAGUGAUGUCUCUGGGCUAAAAUGUCUCGAGGUACUUAUUCUCUCUGAUUGUUCAGAACUGAAAAAUCUACCUUGGAAUAUUGGCAGCAUGAACUCUUUACGAGAACUUCUUGCUGAUAGAACUGCCAUAGACGAAUUGCCUGAAACUAUAUUCGGGUUAACUUAUCUCGAAAAGCUUUCCCUCAACCAUUGCAAAUCAUUAAAACGACUACCCAAAAGCAUAGGAAAGCUUAGUUCCUUAAGGGAACUUUCUCUUCGUGAUUCUGCAGUGGAAGAACUACCUGAUACCAUUGGUUUUUUGGGAAAUCUAGAGACUCUAAAUUUGAUGUGGUGUAAAUCGUUAGUUGUGAUUCCAGAUUCCAUUGGAAAGCUCAAAUCAUUGGCUAAACUCUUCCUUAGCGGUAGUUCCAUAGAAGUUAUACCAGCAUCUGUUGGUUCGCUAUUCUAUCUGAAAGAUUUAUCGGUCAGCAAAUGUGAAUGUUUGCACGCGUUGCCUGCUACCAUUGAAGGGUUAUCUUCAAUGACUGAGUUUCAGUUAGACAGGAUUUUAAUAACUAGUUUACCUCAAGAAAUUGGUUCCUUGAAAUCACUUAAGAAGCUUGAAGCCAGAGAUUGCAAGAAUCUUACUGCACUUCCAGAAUCAAUCGGAAAUAUGUCAGCCCUUAAUACGUUGAUCUUAGACAAUGCUGUCAUAUUAGAGUUACCGGAAUCUAUAGGAAUGUUGGAAAAUCUCACCACGUUAAGAUUGAAUAAUUGCAAGAAAUUAAGAAAAUUACCGGCCUCAUUUGGAAAAUUGAAGAACUUGUAUCGCCUGUUUAUGGUGGAAACUGCCAUUACCGAAUUACCUGAAACAUUUGGAAUGCUUUCUAAUUUACAGACGUUGGGAAUGAAACAGAGCCUCCUUUCUGGAACAUCAGAGCCUGCUACUAGUCUAGAGAUGAAGGUGCUUCCAUCUUCUUUCUCAGAUCUUUCCUCAUUAGUCGAAUUCAAUGCUUGUGCAUGGAAGAUAUCUGGGAAGAUACCUGAUGAUUUUGAGAAGUUAAUAUCUUUAGAGACUUUGAAUUUGAGUCACAAUGAUUUUCAUAGUCUUCCAUCCAAUAUGAGAGGACUCCAUGUUCUCAAAAAGCUAGAAUUAUCCCAGUGCAAAUUGCUUAAAGUUCUUCCUCCACUUCCCGAGAGUUUGCAGGAACUAAAUGCUGCAAAUUGCACGUCUCUGGAAAGCAUUUCUGAUCUCUCAAAUUUGCAGAAUUUGAUGCAGAUAGAUUUCGCAAAUUGUGAGAAACUAGUGGACGUUCCAGGCGUCGAACAAUUAAAGUCCUUGAAAAUGUUGUACAUGGGAGGUUGCAGUUCUUGUGCCUCAGCAGUGAUACGAAAACUUGACAAGGUGGCUUUGAGGAAUUUACGAAAUUUUAGUAUCCCUGGAAGCGAAAUCCCGGAUUGGUUUACUCCAGAUGAGGUUUGCUUUUCCAAAAAGAAAUAUGAUGCAAUAAAGAGCGUGAUUAUAGCUGUUGUCAUCUCUAACAACCCUCAAAUUGAGCAUGAUUCAAGAUAUGACGGGUUGCCUGUAACAUUCGAAGUCCAAGCGCAGAUCCUGAGAGCAAACAUAGCAGUUUUGACCCAUACAAUGAACUUAAGAGGUAUCCCUUCUACAGAGGAGGAUCAGCUCUUUUUGUGCAGAUAUCCAGAUUAUACUCAUUUAUUUUUGAUACUACAAGAAGGUGAUAAAAUACGGGUGAUUAACAAGGUUUGUCGACUCUCCUAA